CUCAUGAUCGAUUGAAUCACGACCAAUUAGAAAUUCAAGGACAAGUUGAUCAAAGCCGCUGCCGCCACCGCCACCGUCACCGCGCCGCUGCUAAACGCAAGCUUUAACCUUUACGGUAAUGGCAGACUGCCAGCCGCAAUAGCCUGCAUGCUCUUUUAACCUUCCCAAGUAGUAAAAUCGGUUACGUAAUAAUACAAAAAGGUAUUUUGCUCAAUUCUUAUAUAAAUUAAUUUGGUAAAAGGUGGUUUUAUUGUUCAUCGAUGGCUUCUGGCUCCGACAGAGACAACGAACGCUCUUUCUUUAGGCCAAUUACGCCUCACUUUUUCAAGAUUAUUCUUGAUGAUACCAUUCGUGAUGGGAAACUCAUAAUUCCAAGGAAGUUUUUGAGAGAGUAUGGAAAUAAUCUACCAAAUAAAGUAGUCCUUAAGGUCCCAAGUGGAGCAACAUGGCAAAUAGAGUUGAUGAAAUGUGAUGGUGAAAUUUGCUUACAAAAGGGUUGGCAAGAAUUUGUGGAAUACUACUCUAUAGCUUGUGGUCACUUGCUUGUUUUUGAAUAUGAGAAAACUUGUCAUAGUUUCUAUGUACUCAUAUUUGAUAAGAGUGCUUCAGAGAUUGACUAUCCAUUUAGCUUUACCAAUGGUGAUAAUGAACUUAAAGACCCAGAGAUCGGAAAAACUGAAGAGGAAUCACCAUUACCAUUCCUUCAUAUUUCUAAGAAGGUGAAGUUGGAGAAUUCUGAAGAACAAUCUGAAGUAUUUGCAGAAAAGAAAUGCCAUGAAAGCAAGUCUAGUGAAAACCAAAAGGAGAAUGUUGUGCCUCCAAAGAUACAAUCAUUAACAGCUAAAGGAAAAGCCAGUGCUCUUCGUAGAGCUAAGACUAAGUUUAAAUCUAGAAAUCCUUUUUUCAUGGUCGCAAUGCAGCCAUCAUAUGUUCGUGGUAGAUCUAAAAUUACAAUAUCAGCAACGUUUGCUAGGAAAUAUUUCGAGAAAAUGCAAGGAAAGGUCAUCUUGGAAGACGGGAAUGGAAGAGUUUGGUCUGCUAGGCACGUAAGAAGAGGAAAAAAAGCAAGCAUUGAUAAUGGUUGGAGGAAGUUCUCAGAAGACAAUGAAUUGGAAGUUGGUGAUGUUUGUGUCUUUGAAUUGGUUAAUGCUGCUAAAACUAAAUUGAAAGUUACCAUUUUUAGACAUAACAAAGAUACAGAUAGAAAAACACCAGUUGGUGAUGUUGGGUACGUUACAAAAGGUAUGAAUGUUUGCAAAUUUGAGCCCAUUACGUAUAAAAAUUAAAUGGGUGACU